UGUUUUAGGUAACAGUCCCAGUCCCGUAAAAGGUACACAGUUGUUAAGGUUAUUAUACGCAUUGUUUUCGAAAAAAAUCCAUGAAACGACACCCCAACUGUUCUGAAUUCAGCAACGGUUCUUGCAAAAAAAAAAUCUUCCCGUGUUUUUAUAAACUCAGAAUCUCUCGCCUCCAAUAGCUGUCCUAUUAUUGUCCUCCCUCCCUUAAACCCCCCUGCUGGAUGUGGACCAAUGUAUACUGGUACUGAAUUCAGGCUAAUCACACGCUUUGCAUGUGCGUCGAAUGUGUAUACCAACAAGACAAUUUUCGAAGUUCGUGACGUUCUAUAUGAAAUGGAUAAACCAAAGAGACGCAUUUUUGGUGGACAAAGUGUAACUUGAUAAUGGAUGUCAUUCUGAUAAUCUGCAUGCGAGACAUAAUAUUUUAUUUGUAUUUCGCCUCUUGCGUCAGUGUCACCGAUUGAUUUAUAAUGUGAGUUAGGUGGCAUACAGUGUGGCAGUUAUAUUGCAGAAGCUUGAAUAUAUGUGCCAUGUACGGGCAAUUGCUUUGCUUGUAGGAAGUAAAGAGAACAUUUGGAAUGUCAAGGCAGUCCGCUGUUGAAACAAGGUAUUUUUGGAUCAUCGAACAAAGGAAGAAGUGUUGAUGUUGGUAGCUGCUAAAACAAAUGGUGCAACUCCUCUGGUGAUGGCAUGUCGCAAUGGCCAUUAUGAUGUAGCAGAAUACCUCAUAGAACACUGUAAAGCUAAUACUGAGCAACCGGGAUCAGUUGUCUUUGAUGGAGAGACUAUCGAAGGUGCGCCACCACUGUGGUGUGCUGCAGCUGCAGGACAUUUGCCAGUGGUUCGUCUUCUGGUACGUAACGAGGCUUGCGUCAACAGUACGACACGCACCAAUUCCACGCCACUUCGAGCGGCAUGUUUCGAUGGACAUUUUGAAAUUGUUAAGUUUCUUGUAGACCAUGGUGCAGAUAUUGAAGUUGCAAAUCGCCAUGGCCACACAUGCCUCAUGAUUGCUUGCUAUAAAGGACAUUUCCGCAUUGCCAAAUUUCUUCUCAGUCUAGACGCUAAUGUGAAUCGUAAGAGUGUGAAAGGAAAUACUGCUCUUCAUGACUGUGCAGAAUCAGGAAGCUGGGACAUACUAAAGCUGCUUAUAGAGCAUGGCGCAAAAAUGGAUGUAGAUUCGUAUGGAAUGACACCACUGUUAGCAGCUAGUGUUACAGGUCACACACACAUCGUUGAAUAUCUUAUCAAUUUACCAGGCCUAGUUUCUCGAACAGAGAGAGUUGAUGCACUGGAACUUCUUGGAGCCACUUAUGUUGACAAAAAACGAGACAUGAUUGGCGGUCUAGAACUAUGGAAGAGAGCCAUGGAUGACAGGUAUCAUGUAGGUUCAACGCAUCUCCCCAAACCAAGACAGAGAAAUACAGUUGCAGCCUAUGAUCAUGCCAAAGAAAUCAGUGAUCUGGAAGGUUUAGAAGAUUUAUUAGCAGAUCCAGAUGAAAUGCGGAUGCAAGCACUUGUAAUUCGUGAACGUAUCUUAGGCCCAGCACAUCCUGACACUAGCUAUUACAUUCGAUAUCGAGGAGCAGUGUACGCAGAUGCUGGAAAAUUCAACCGCUGUGUUGAUUUGUGGAAUUACGCCUUGGACAUGCAGCAAAGUAUGCUGGAACCCCUUAAUCCCAUGACACAGAGUUCAUUAUUUUCUUUCACCGAGCUCUUUUCAUUCAUGAUGGGUGAGCAGGGACGAACAUCAGUCCGGGGACGACGUGUUCCGCCUGUCACUUUCACAGACUUGAUGACUGUUUUCAAGAAAUCAGUACAUGAGGUGCAAGCAGGUGUCGAGAUGCUAGACAAGAUUCCGGCAGGAGAACGAGAUGCAACAUACCUACAUCGUGUAGUUGUAAUUUCCCUCCAUCUGGGCAGUCUCUUAACUAAACUUCUGCCAGACCUGUCCUUGGAGCAACAACACGAAGUGCACUGUCUCAUGUAUAAACUUGUGAAACAAGAUAUCCGCACACGUCUAGGGUGCACUGCUCUCCAUUUAGCCUGCUCUAGGGAUGCUACUUUGGUGGGGCGUUAUCCUGCCUGUCAGUUCCCAUCACCACAUCUUGUUGAAGUUUUGUUAGCUGUUGGUGCUGAUGUAGAUUCUCAAGAUGAAAAUGGAAAUAUGCCUAUUCAUCUGGCAGCAAUGACCAAGCCAUGUCCCCCUGAAUUGAUAUGCACAUUAUUGGAUCAUGGCGCACAUCCAGAUGCAGUUAAUUCAGCUGGACACAGCUUUCCCCAGCUGCUCAAAGGACAGUCUGUGCAUGAAAUAGUAAACCUACUAAAGUAUACAACCCUAAGCUGUCUUGCAGCAAGGACUAUUGUCAAAUACAAUAUACCAUACAAAGGAAUUGUACCAGUAACACUAGAGGCAUUCGUACAGAAGCAUUGGACAUUAGUGCAUGAUUUCUACAAGACAUAGUUCUGGUGUACUGUCACAAAUAUUGGAUUAUUGAAAAUGUUAUGUCAUACAUCAACAAUUUCAAUUCCUUUCAGGAAGUCAUGCUAAUCUACUCUGUUAAUUUCUGAAUUUUCCUGUCUGAAAAACAGCAGGACUUCUGGUUUGGUAAUAAACAUGCACCAAACACUGUAAUUGUGAUAACUUUUGAAGACUGUCAUGGUAAUUUUACGAGAUUGUCUCUAUGAAUUCCCUCAGAUACAUAAACUAUAUAAUUUAAUUCAACAGUGUGUCGUCCCUUGACUCUGUUUUAGGAGUGAGAGAUUAUGGUGAAACAAACCCAACUAGCUUGAUCAUCACUGGGAAAGCAGGAUUGAUAUUCAAUUUUUAACGUAUAAAAUUUUUGAAAAUUAAACUCGUAACUGAAAGUGCCUUUCCAUUGUUAUUCAGGUUAGUUGGUCACUAGUCCAUCAUUAGCAGAGGUACUGGUUUGUUGCAGAAUCCACUGCUUUUGUCACAUGGUUAAAAUGUGUCACAGCAUUUGUAAAAAUACAUUUUUUUAAUCUGUUAACAAAGUUUGUAAUUUUUGUUGUAUUUUAUAAUUAUUGUGUAAUUAAUUUACUUUCUAAUAAUUUCUUUUGAAGCAUAAUUUAAAAUGAAAAAAUCAUUUUGAGGACUUUGGAACAUGGCUGAAAAAAAGUUGUGUUUAACAGAAAUUAGACAUUUCAGUAGCCUUAGUAAUGUUAAUGUGUUAUCAUUAUGUGAAUAAACUAAUCAAAUUAUAUAAAUAAUAAAGUAGUUGGAACAAAAUUUGGCA